GCCGUCUUUUCGAGACCAAACACCAUGCCUUCAAUUAAGUUACAGAGUUCUGAUGGACAAAUAGUUGAAGUUGAUGUAGAAAUUGCCAAACAAUUUGUGACCAUCAAGACCAUGUUGGAAGAUCUGGGAAUGGAUGAUGAAGGAGAUGAUGACCCAGUUCCUCUACCACAUGUUAAUGCAGCAAUAUUAAAAAAGGUCAUUCCGUGGUGCACCCACCACAAGGAUGAUCCUCCUCCUCCUGAGGAUGAUGAGAACAAAGAAAAGCGUACAGAUGAUAUUCCUGUUUGGGACCAAGAAUUCCUGAAAGUUGACCAAGGAACACCUUUUGAACUUAUUCUGGUUGCAAACUACUUAGACAUCAAAGGUUUGCUUGAUGUCACAUGUAAGACUGUUGCCAAUAUGAUUAAGGAGAAAACUCCUGAGGAGAUUCACAAAGCUUUCAAUAUCAAAAAUGACUUUACUGAAGAGGAGGAAGCCCAGGUACGCAAAGAGAACCAGUGGUGUGAAGAGAAGUGAAAUGUGCCUGACACUGUAACAUUACAAGGAUUGUCCCGAAUACUAGUUGCACUGCUCUGUUUAUAAUUGUUAAUAUUAGACAAACAGUAGACAAAUGCAACAGCACAUCAAUUGUAUUAGCGUAAUAUUGUCCUCAUUGCAUGUGUAGUUUGAAUACACAUCCCAAACUU